UAAAAAUCUGCAAUGGCCGCUUCCGUCCCGAAACGUUAUCCCCCGGAACCCAAAUCACCCACGACCGUGCCACGAAUAACGGUUACGCGUAAUCCCUCAGGGAUCCAUGCGGCGGCUACAGCCGGGGCACCGGUCCCAAAGUCACCGGACGGACUGACCUCGCUGAUGGCCAGGAAAAGCAUCACAUCCAUGUCCGAGGAGGAGAUUAUUCAGGAGAAUCUAAACGAGAUCCUGGACCUCAAAUCGCGAGAGGAACGAAAAGCCAACGGACGUCUGGUGGCCGUCAUUGUCUGUUUUCUAGUCCUAUUCCUAGCUGUUUAUCAUGCCUGCGUCCGAAAAACGGAAAACUCCUUGGCGGGCGUCUUGGUUCCGGCGGGGAUUAUGCUCUCGUAUGGAGCCUGGGUGGUGGUCCUGGCCAAAAGGGAUAAACACAGAAGAGCCAUGUUUGAACGUCACAUUGAGGAAGUGACUCUUAAGAACAAGACAGAGCUGGAGGAGAAGCAUGCCAGGCAUGCAAACAAGGCAGCAGCAACUAGUCACUCUGGAAGUGGACACUCCGGUAGUGGACACUCCGGUAGUAGUCAUUCCCGCACAGCAUCCACGGAGCAGUUAAGUGGCAGUGUCAGUCCCAUGAGCACCCUGCACUACGUAAACGAGCUUCUUCCCAACGGUGAUCAUCGCCGGAAGCAGCGACGCCACCGGCACAAAGACCGCCAUCCGGAUAAGGAUCAUCCAGAGCAGCAGCGGCAGCGCCACCACCAAAACAAUCCGGAUAUCGGAGUGCAUCGCAGUAUCGGAAACAAGAGGCCCAGUAUUCGGCAAAAGCUAUUCGGUCAGACCAUUUCGCACGUAAAACUGGUGGAGGCGCAAAGUGACAGCACGGACAGUAGUCCGGGCAUAGUAUCCGGACCCCCGUCCAAGCCCCGAACCACCCACACAGUCAGUCUAGCCGAUCCCGGCGAGAAACGAUCCCAGCGGCUAGCCAUGCCAUAGAUAUAAAAAAAAAUAAUAGGUUCCGAUCCGGAUCCAUUCGAAAGGGCUGGGCUGGUUGGGGGUAUG